AUGUCUGCCUAUUCUCCUAACGAGGAAGUGAAAAGUUGUGAUGGAGAGGAAGAAGAAGAAGAGGUAGAUGAGGGCGAGGACAAAGGUGAUGAGGGAGGAGAGGAGGGAGAGGAUGAAGGGGACGAGGGUGAAGUUGAUGAGAAAACCUCUGGAAGAGGAAGUUUAGGAAGCCCCAGGAUGGCCACACUCAUCCCAAUUCGUCUCCUUGGGAAGUCUGAGAAGUGCUACUCGGGAAGACCACAGAUGUUGAGGAUAUUCAUUGGAGCUGAGAUUAUGUGUGGUUGUUUAAGUGGCGGGAACUGUCAGCUUUCACUGGACGAGUUCUUUUGGUGCUAUAGUCCACAUCACAUCAUCUCAUCCCAAGAGAUAUACCACUUUGCUGUGCAGAAGAAAGAGCUUAGGCUGGUGUUGGAUAUGCCUCACUCUAAUAGGAAUUGGAAGGGUAGAUACUUCUUUGUUCAGGGGACGAAUUGGGCAUGUCGUCUAGAGGAGUGGGUUACAAUGCCUCAUGGCUUCGACAAUACUUGGGGUAUUGUCAGAGAUUCAGAAAUGGAUGCAGCCAGGCAGAGAGCUUUGGUAAAAGUGUCAACUGUGGCGCAUAAGGAGGAGGAGAAGAAGGAGAAUAGGAAAGAAAAGGCAUCCUCAUCAGCCCCCAAGGCCGUCGAGAAGAGGGCGCCUAAAAGAAAGACUGACAGGAAAGACGACCAUCCUUCUAAGAAGCCAUCAGUCACCCCUAGGGAGAAGCAGCCUAAGAAGCCGUCGCCUCUCAAGCCGAGCCAUGGAACUGGCAAAGGCUUAAUGACAUUGUUGGGCCCCGUCAUCCAGGGAACCCGUCGCCUUCUUACACACAAACGAUACUCCAUUAAGAUGAUUGAAUCAAUCAUCAAGGCGACGGACAUGGAUCCUUGUGCUGAGCAGGAGAUGGAGGACCUGGGGGUGUCAAAUCUUUUUGAUCUCUCCAGGGCAUUGGUGUGCAUGAAGGCGCUCCAAGACAAGUGCAUUGCUGAGAAGGGAGUAAUUAGUCAUCUUAGGAAGCGCAAUGAAACGUUGACCAAUGAACAGGAUCAAUACAAGGACUCCUUUUGUACUCUCAACAAGGAGGUGACUGAGUUAAAUGGGAAGCUGAAGGAGGAGACCCGUUAG